AUGAAUACAAAGUCCACCAUGAACAGUCAGAAUGUUUUGGAGCGCUCUCUUCUUGAAUAUAUGAAUUCUUCCUCAAGCAGGAAAGACUUUGAAGAAUCUUUGGCGCCAAAAAUCAGGAAUAUUAAGAUAACCAAACUGCAAAACGUCAAAACCGUUAUAUCAGAAAUCGAUACGAUUCUGUCACUGUCUAAAAAUGGAAUCGAUCAACAUGCAGAACACAUAGUAAUAACGCUUGAAAGCUCGAUCGGAAAGGCUAAAGCUCCGUUGAGCUACCCAUUUUACGGUUUUGAGAAAUUGGCGGGCCCUCCAGCAACAAAAAGCGCAGUUCUGUUGAAUCUCUUGAACCGCAUUUCAGCUAUCGCGAAAUCUGGAGAGAGUUGCACGAUUCGUGACGUUUUCUACAUGAAUGUCGAGCUCUAUAACAAUCAGCAAGUAGUUUCGGAAUCCUUGCGCGAAAUAGCUGACGCUUUCAAAGUGACUGAUUUAAAUGAACUUGGCAUCUACGCAGCACAAAAGGGCCUGUGUUUCACGCCUGUGGCGUUACAUUUCGAUAUGGGAAAUAUGAUACUCAGCAACCAAAAAUCGCUUGUACCGCUAAUGAGUUCUUCCGUGCAAUUUUCGGGCAAUUGGUCUUUGGUAAAGCGCGUAGUCGUGGUUGAAAAAGACGCCAUUUUCAGCAAACUGAUUGAAAACACAAGUCUUAAUAAAGAAUGCAUUUUUAUAACGGGCAAAGGCUUUCCAGACUGGCUGACACGUUAUUUUCUUUACAAAUUGAUGGUGUGCUGUCCGCCAGAAGUGGACUUUGAAAUAUACACUGACAGCGACCCCUACGGCAUUGAAAUUGCUCUUAAGUACAUUUACAAUGGUGUCAAGAUCGAAUAUCAGUGCCCGCGGCUGAUUUACCGUGGUGUCAUGAUACAGGAUCUAUUGCGCAACCCCAAUGGGUCUCGUAAUGGGCUCCAGCUACUGAACUUAUCGUGUCGCGACUCCAGAUACGCUUUGAAAUUAUUGACGCGUUUAGAGGGUACGAACUUGAAAAUGUCAAAGAAAAGGGUGCUGAUGCAAGAGCUACAGCGCCAAUUGUUUUACCAAAAAAAAGCAGAAAUGAAUACGGUAUGUGAAGCCAAUUUUGCCCAAUACCUUAUGGCUAAAUCGCCCAUUCGAUAUUGA